GACGUGACUCCAGCGGACGCUCUUCUCACAGCUCUCUAUGCUCAUAAAGUCAUCGACUACAUGUUCAGUGAUAUUUUUUCAUAUCUAUUUAUAAAGAAAGUUUAUUCCGUCUGGACAUGUGACCUCGUAAAAGCGAUUUUUGUGGUAGUUUGUGGGUAAAUUCGCCGGAUGCGUUGGACAAGUGCCAUAUGUUCUGUAGAUACCAUAAUCCCAGUUUGUUGAUGGAGAGGAUUUCGAAUGACAGCCGGCACAGUGGUCAUCACAGGUGGAAUUUUAGCUGCAGUCAUCUUGUUAACUAUUGUCUCAGUUUUGUGUUACUGUAGGCUGCAGUAUUACUGCUGUAGAAGAGAAGAGUCGGAGGAGGGGGAGGAGGAGGCUGACGUCGCCAAGUCAUCGACAAGUCCACCGCGCCAACCGAGUCCACCCGAGAGUCCACUGAGUCUUCGACAUUUCCCCGAAUACGCAUCCUCCAAUCAGCUGCUAAUGACUGCAGAGCCUUUUGAGCCCAAUGGAUCAGUCAGCUAUCCUCAGUACACCCCGCGCAUGCCCUACAAGCCGCCCCGCUCGUACACUUUCUGCCCCUCCUGCUCGGGGUAUCUGCCGCUGUACGUGAGCCCACAGGAGGGUCUGCGCAAUGGAGGUGGCAGGGUCAGCUACAGGACUCUACAGCAGGAGGAAUUAGACCUGCCAAUGGAUACGCCCAGCUUCCACAAACUCAACCUCAUCCGCUCGGUCACCAUGCAGGAAGUGCUGACUCAUCACAGCAUCAGCACGGAUGUGUAGCACCUCGUAUUCACCUCAAAUAUUGUGUGGUUCACAUUUGUUAUGCUGCUUUCUGUACCCAGUGCUCCAUUUUAUUUCAUUAGAUCCAAUACAUCUACUUAUUU